AUGGCAGGUUUUCAAAUUGAGCAGCAACCAAUUCAGGGAUGGGGAACAGGACACCAAGGUGAACGAUUAUUCAACACUGCACCAGCCUACAACAACGGCCCAUUUCCGGAAGGUCCUAUACCGGAGUCAAUCUUUGGGGAUUCAGAAGACGAACGCAAUCCAUAUGAUGCCAUAUAUGGGGAACUAGAUCUUCACAGAGUUUAUGGACAACAACUAGCGAUCUGGACACACAAAAACCCGGAUACUAUUUGCCUGUUUACGCCCAUAGCUGGUGACUCGUUCAUGACAAUAGUUUCCUAUGCAAGGAACAGUCUGGAGUUUAACACAGCAGUGGACAAGAUGAUGGUCCUGCUUCCUGGCCACAAAAGACCCCUAGAUAUGGAACAUGUAUUUAUUGUCAAGCCAGGGACGGCCAUCUUGAUUGUUCCCUUAUAUGACUACAUGGUGACCAUUGAAGUCAAACAGCUAGCACAUAAGAUUGACAUGGUGGUGAAUAUAACUAUGUCAGUGCUGGAACUAAAGAGCCGGCUACAAGCAGAAUACGGGUAUCCAAUUGACCGAAUGGAUUUACUGUACAAAGACAAGCCUCUGGAGAACACAAGGUUCCUAUUUGAGUAUGGUCUUGCCCACAGCAGUACACUUUUUGUGUUGCUGAAGGUCAAGAAUGACAUCCUUGUUCACGUGGAAACCUUCUGGGGCAAGCGGUACCACCUGUAUAUAGACUCAUGCACUACAGCUUUCGGAAUUAUCGCCAGCAUUCUUCGCCGUACCGUCAGCCACAAUGCUGUCGACAUUGUCAGACUUUACGAACUAUUUCUACCAAAGCACACUUUAGUCUUGUAUUUGGGCUCUCGAGUGAUUGAUUGGGACCGAUGUCUAGGUUUUUAUAAAAUUGAAAGUGGUAGUGUUCUAAGGAUGUCAACAAUAGGCCUUGCCCAUGAAAUGGACAUUCGAAAAGUACCUAUUAUUCUGGACACAGGGGAUGUACAGAAACUUUGGGUGUCCAAGUUUGACAGGUGGUCCACAGUUGUGCUUAAACUUCAUGGGAUGACUGGAUACCCGGUUAACUUAAUGAAGCUGGUGUUUAAUGACAAGUUUGCAAUUGAUUUUUCUGAUACUAUUGGUUCGGUCUCGAAAACGGACACUAUUCAUUUGGAUGUAGAAGCUAUUAAAAGAGAUGAUGAUUUCUUGUAUGGAAUCCCACUAAAGUUCAAAAUCGCCAAGGGAAUAACUGAGGUGCUAAAGGUGGCACCCAGUCGUUCAAUAAAGUCAGUCAAGGACACAUUAGAACGAAUUGGCGUGCCCAAUGCUACAAUGUAUGACUUCAUUGUUGAUGGCUACAGCCUGCCCAACAACAAAAGAGUUGUAGAUGUAAUAGAUGAAUACAAAGUUCCCAUUGAACUUAGUCUGAGGCAAUACCCUGUGUUUAUUCAUGGCCAUCAGAAUAUUAUCUAUAAGAUGCUGGCCUACAGCAAGGAGACACUGGCCACAUUUCUCAUGCGAGUAAAGAUGAAAACCGGCCUCUCAUUUCAGGACUUCCUUCUGCUGUCUUGUGGUACUGUGCUUGAUGAUGAUGAAAGGCUGCCGGUGUUUAGCACAAGGAUUACUAUCAAAUCAUCAAUUUUUCUGAUUCCAAGGAAGCAGUUUAGAACAUUCUUUGUGUUGUAUGAUGACUGGAUGACCAAGGUGAGAAUCCCUGCACAUCCCAAACUUCAGCAAAUCAAAGACGUCUUAUGGAAGGAUCGCAAAGUACCAGAAGGGGGUCUGGCUUCAAUUGGAAACUUUAUGCAAUGGUAUUUUACCGCCAACAGCAAAGACGGCACCAGAAAACAAACACCACUUAAGGAACGAAUGAUUGUGUAUGAAGCCAAUAUUGGCAAAAAGUACUUACAGAUGAAAGUAGAGCAGCCUAACCGAUCCAAACACAACAGGAGACUUUCUAGAUAUCAGAGGGGCAAAAAGCAGCGAGCAGUUUCUCAGCCUGCAAAUCAUCCUACAGGACAGUUUAAGCUUCCCCAGAUACCCAGAUACAUGUCCGCUGAUGCCAACAGAAUGGGAGGACACAAAGCCUACAAUACCAGACCAAGACAUGGGCACAGAGUAAAGGGCGAGAGACAGACAGGAGGGCUGAGAUCAAUACCUCGACCUGUUUACAAAUAUGUUGAGCCUGGGGAUCAAAGUGGUGAACCAGAAGAUGGGGAGAUGGUCCUCUGUUUGAGGCAUGACUACACUCUAAAGACAUCAGAUGGAAGGAGACAGAGUCACUUUCACUGA